AUGACUGAAAACGACAAGCGCCCGUCGAUGGUCAUCGGAUACUGGAUGUCUGACAGAAAGAGCCAGAAACUCAAUUGGAUCGAGUUUGGAAAAGUGUGCAGGCAGCACGGAUAUGAAUUAGUGAAAUUGGAUCUGGACAAACCGUUAGAAAAUCAAGGGCCAUUUGCAGUAAUUUUACAUAAACUUACUGAAAUAAUUGCCAGAAAUGAUGAAAAGGCAAUUCAAAUCAUAGAUAGAAUUGAACGGUAUAUAAAGGAUCAUCCAAAAGUAUUAAUCAUUGAUCCAUUAGAUAGCGUUCGUACCCUGCUUGAUCGCUACAAAACAUAUAAUGUCGUGUUGAACACCACCUUGAACAAUAUUGAUGUUUUUACACCUACAUUUGUGGAAAUUCUGUCAACCAAUGUGAAAGAUAAUAUUAAAAAACUAAAAAAUGCUGGAGUUACGUUUCCAUUCAUUUGUAAGCCGUUUGUAGCUCAAGGAACAACUUAUUGUCACCAGAUGUCUGUAAUUUUUAAUGAACGAGGUGUAGCUGAUUGUAAGCCCCCAUGCGUCGCUCAAUCAUUCAUUAAUCACAAUGCAAUUUUGUACAAAUUGUAUGUGGUUGGAGAUCAUUAUCAAAUGGUUGAGAGACCAUCAUUGAAAAAUUUUUAUGCCUCAAAUGAUGACCGAGACACAAUUACUUUUGACAGUCACUCUGUGUCUAAAUCAGAUUCAAGUAGCGAACUUAGUGUACUCGACCCUUCGGAAAGCGCCAAAGGAUCUUCCAUAGAUCCAAUCAAAUUGCAUUCUAUUGUCAAAACUCUAGGCAGUUAUCUAAACAUGUCUUUAUAUGGUGUUGAUGUUGUUGUUGAAAAUGAUACCAAUCGGCAUGCGAUUAUCGAUAUUAAUGCCUAUCCUGGUUAUGAUGGAUUUCCAGACUUUUUUGGAAAACUUAUAGACUGUGUGAUGUCACGACGUGCUCAAUCGGUAUGCUCCAAAGCAUAUUUUGAAGACUCUGGAUUUGAUACUAGUGAUUCAAGCGAUGAAAAAAAAUCUCGUGCCAAGCUAAAUUCAAUUAAUCAAUAUAAUUAA